AAGGGGAUGACUUUGGGAAGGGGUGGAUGUACUUCGUGAGAGAGAACUGUUCCUAACGCCAGCCACUGCUUUUUUAUCUACGGAGUGGGGCGGGGCGGUGACGACAUCGCAUAGGACUUCGAUCCCCUCUGUGUUGGUUCCCCGUCCCCCUCACUAUUUCUCGCCACGUCCGAUUGGAGCCCCGAAUCGGGUCGCCGUGUCGGUCGGCAGCCUCGGGAACGGAAUGCGGACGCGGAUAUGAGGAGCUCGGCGACGGCGGUGGAGUGGGAGGCGGUGGCGCAGCCGCCGCAGCAGCAGGAGGGCGACGAGGAGGAGUUCUACGAGUCGUUGGAUCGGAUCCUGUCGUCGUCGUGCUCUUCGACCUCCGCCUCUGACGACGACGCCGACCAUCGCCACCGCCACCACCAGCGCCGCGCCGCCCACUUCCCGCCGCCGGUGGCCAGCUCCUACGACGUAUGGAUCUCCGAGCCGUCUUCCGUCGAGGAGCGCCGCCGCCGCCUCCUCCAGCAGAUGGGCCUUAUCGGGGACCCCGCUCUCGCCCGGGCUAAAUCCACUGCCCCUUCCCCCGACGUCGACCCCGGCUCCGGUGGGCCUAGGGCUUGGGAGGCAGAGGCUGGGUCAUCCGUUCCGUCCCUCGAUUCCUCGCCGCCUGCCGUGUCUGUAAUCGUCAGAUCCAGAUCAGAUGGCUCCGUCGAUCCCAAUCGUGUGAUUGCGGAACGGCCGCAGCGGCGUGCUAUUUCGUUUGGAUCUGCCACGGCGACCAACAAGCCGCCCCUAGUCGGGCGAUCUUGGGCGCUGGCUGGGGGAAAGUACAAAGAGACCGACGGCAGCUGCGGCGGAGACGGUGGCGGCGGUUACCAGCAAUGUACGAUCAGGAAUUUGGACGACGGGAGCGAGUUCGUGGUGAAGGAGGUACGGGAGGACGGGAUGUGGAACAAGCUGAAGGAGGUCGGGACCGGGCGGCAGCUCACGAUGGAGGAGUUCGAGAUUUGCGUCGGCCGGUCCCCAAUCGUACAGGAGCUCAUGAGGCGGCAAAGCGUCGAAGAGUCUGGGAGCGGCGGCACUAAGAGAAACGGCUACGCCUUCGAGGGCCCUGGUGGCGGGUUGAGGGCCAACUCAGGGAAUCCUGCGGGCGCGAGGUUCAAGAAGAAAGGUAGCUGGUUCAAGAGCAUCAAGAACAUGGCGGGCACGGUGGUCUCUGGUGGGCACCAUCACCGGGAAAGGCGGAGCAGUGAUGAGAAAGACACAUCGUCUGAGAAGGGAGGGAGGAGGUCGAGCUCAGCCACGGAUGAUAGCCUGGAUGGGUCGCACUCCCUCCACCACGGCCCUGAAAAGAUCAGAGUCCGGCAGUAUGGUAAAUCAUAUAAGGAGCUCACUGGUCUUUACAUCACUCAGGAGAUUCAGGCCCACAAUGGGGCAAUCUGGAGCAUCAAAUUUAGCUCGGAUGGGCGAUAUCUGGCAAGUGGAGGCGAGGACUGUGUUAUCCAUGUAUGGGAGGUUGUUGAGUCGGAGAGGAAGGGGGAGUUGUCAGAUGGAGCCAUAGGGGAGAAUGGGAAUUGUAAUCCUUUUCUGGCUGCAAUUGGUAACAGCUCACCGGAACCUGCAGUGGCAAUGAGUUGUGUAGAGGGGAGCCACUGGGAGAAGAAGAGAAAGGCAAAAGUCCCUAACAGCAGAAGGUCUGUGAGUUCUGACCACUUAAUGAUGCCAGACCAUUUUUUCGCUUUAUCGGAGAAGCCCAUCUGCUCUUUCAGAGGCCAUACAGAAGAUGUUCUUGAUCUAUCAUGGUCCAAAUCGCAGUAUCUGCUAUCAUCUUCAAUGGACAAAACAGUCAGACUGUGGCACAUGUCUAGCAGUUCUUGUUUGAAAACAUUUUCCCACAGUGACUAUGUGACCUGCAUCCAAUUCAAUCCUGUAGAUGACAAAUACUUCAUCAGUGGAUCCCUAGAUGAGAAAGUCCGCAUAUGGAGUAUUCCAGAUCGACAAAUUGUUGAUUGGAAUGAUCUUCAUGAAAUGGUUACUGCUGCCUGCUUUACCCCUAAUGGACAGGCUGCUCUAGUGGGUACGCACAAGGGCAGUUGCCACCUGUUCGACACAUCUGAUAAUAAGCUACACAUCAAGAACCAGGUUUACUUACAAACGAAGAAAAAGAAGUCCAGCCACAAGAAAAUUACUGGCUUUCAGUUUGUUCCAGGAAGUUCCUCUGAAGUUCUUAUCACAUCAGCAGACUCAAGAAUUCGUGUUGUCAAUGGCAUUGAACUAGUUCACAAAUUUAAAGGCUUUCGCAACACAAGCAGCCAAAUCUCAGCCUCCUUGGCCCCAAAUGGGAAAUAUGUGAUCUGUGCUAGCGAGGAUUCCCAUGUUUAUAUGUGGAGAUAUGAUGCUGAUUCUCAACCAAGUAGGACUAAGGGUGUCAUCAACUCCACUCAAUCUUAUGAGCACUUCCACUGCCAGGAUGUGACGGUGGCGGUUGCAUGGCCAAGCACCACUGCUUCAGGGUUGGUUGUGGGCCAUAGCAACAGACAGAAUGGUCUUGACCUAGCAUCCAAGUGUGAAUUGGAGGUGCAUGCUCAGAGCAACGGGCAUGAGAGUUCAUCGUCGCCUAUCUACUCCGAAAGCCCUCUUCACAGUCGCAUCUUUUCGAACGCCAACUACUCCACCGAUCUGGAUUCUGUGGCUUGGCCUGAAGAGAAGCCGCAACGGAACAAUCUUAGCCCUCAAACCAGCGGUGAGCUUUACAGAGGGGCUCUGCAGGUGCAAAGCAGGUCAGCAUGGGGAAUGGUAAUCGUCACUGCUGGACGAGGAGGUGCAAUAAGAAUAUAUCAAAAUUUCGGCUUCCCAUUUCGGGUAUGAAAGCAUGCAUUGCGCCGAAAGUUGAUGGUGCGUGAAGUGCGAGUUGCAUGUUACUCCCAAAGUGCAGUUGUUCUGUGUAUAGAUAGGGUAUAUGGUGUGAAUUCUAUCUUCCACAGCUUGGUUCAUAAGCUUUCUUUCAUCUGUUUCACCUGAAAAGUUUCUGGGAGAUGGAUCUAAGCCAAAAAACCACACAUCUGCAGAUUGAUAUGUAUGUAAUACUAAACAUUUCAGGUGUUCCCAUAUUGUUUC